AUGCGGAGUACCCAGUCUGUGGAUCCAGAGGCCUUCCGCCCGCCUCCGUUGGGCGGCACUCCAUCUGGAGUUGGCUUGGACCACACACGCCCGGACAGAAGCCCACCCGUGCCGGAUAAAGUGUUGCACAAGGUAGGUGGUGGUGUUCUUCUGCCGGACAAUGUUAUAUUUAUGUUGGUGGAAACGGGUGGCGAUGGUGUUGCCCGUUUCACCAACAUACAUAGCACGGCAACGCUGGCAGAGGAUAACAUACACGCAAUUUUUGACCUGCCCGUCUCCUCCGCACAGCGGCCGGAAGACCUUACCGCUGUGGCGAUUGACCAGCCAAGGGAUGUUCCGCAAGGGAGCGCUGCUCCGGGCCGAGGGCGGAUCUCCGGUGGAACUGAUCCGAGCCCUGACAAGCAGAUCACCCAGGCUGGGAUUUUUGCGGUAGGCAGAGACCAGAUAAUGGUCCUUCAGUUUGCCGCUUUUCUCCACAAAGGGGGAGGCUUCUUCUGGUCCAGGAAGCACCUGAACUGUCUCCUGAGGAAGGAUCUGGAAUACCCUCUCUUCCUCAGGGCCGUGAACAGGGCUCCCAUGGCCGUUACAAAGUCCUCCCGCCUGGUGCAGAUCCGGUGGAACCUCAGCAGCUGGGACUUCACCAAUCCCGCGUAGGUGUGUCGGGGGUGGAAGCUGGUUUUGUGGAGGAGGGCAUGGGUAUCCGUCUCUUUAAAAAACACCUUAAUGUCCAAAUGGUGAGUGGAGGUGAAAUCCGGACCCUUGAAGGUGGUAGUGUCCAGGAAGUCCACUGACGUGGGGCUGGUGGUGGACUUAAUGGUGAUACUGGGGUUGUGGGUAUUCAGGGUGUGGCGGAACACCUCAAAUUC